AUUACCACUGUGCCCCAGAACCACAUCACAUGUAAGGCACAGGUAUUUCUCCACAUACAUUAGCCUUAAGAUGGAGAUGAGUGGCCAGGUUCACAUCCCCACUUUAUACUAAUGGGGAAAGAGCCAACACUGAGUGGGCACUGUCAAGUUGGGUGUGAUAAAGAGGAAAACCCUCCCAGGAAUCAAACCCCAGCUAAGGCAGUUAUUUAUUCAAUCUCUCUAACUUACAUUUCAUGCUCAAACUGAUGAUAAUAUGAUGAUGUAUAUAGGUGUUAAAUUUGGUCACUUCAUAUGAAGAGGGUAGAAUGUGGAUGUCUGAGAACAAAAAGGACAAGGAAAAUAUAUGGACCCAACAGAGAUGAAAUAACAAAGGACUUUGGAAAAUUAUAUAAUGAGAAGGUACAUAGUCUGUACUUUUCACUUAAUGGGGUGAUAAAAUCAAGAAGGGUGAAAUGAGAAAUGCACACAAAACUUUGUUGGGAAAGAAUCGCUUGGGAGACCAAAGCAAAGAUUAGAGAUAUUUAAACAGAAUUUGGAGAAAAAAGGGGGGUACAUAGUGGACUAGGUUGAACUAGUAUGGAAUAGGGUCCAGAAGCGCACAUUUGUGAACAGUGUUGAACGUUAAGGUUCUAUGAGCACAGAAUGUCAUGGCCAAUGGUGAUGGAGGCAGUAAACACCUCUGAAAUUUGACAUUUCUACUAGAUUACACAGUGCUACAACCCAGAAGACAACCAUCGUCAUCUAUAAACUAAUCAAGGAAACUCUACUAUGAAAUCAGUUAACUUAAUUAGUUAUGUAAGUGAUGAUAACAAUCAGAACACUGGGAUAAGAUGAUAAUAUUUUAACUGAAUUAUAAACCAUGUGAAUUUGCAAGCUGAAGAGCUUCUCCGCUUUCUUCCAAACUGGCUCCUGUAUGAUCAUUUUCUGCAUGCCAAUGUCCCAUGCUCUUUGAGGUCAGCUUCAUGUUUCUUUGAUCCAUGAUAAAUUCCUUUGUACAUGGAGUCUGUCAGAUUGACACUAGUGUCAUUUUUAUAGUGUUAAUAGUUUGUUUACUUAUUUUAUAUGAAUACAACAGUAUGGAUCAAUGUUUAUAUUCCAAGGAUGUGGAAAACAUCUUAAUAUUAAUACCAACACUUCGUACAAAUAUGACUAUAGUUGUAGCAACUAUUUACUAUAUAUAUAUAUAUCAUAAGUUUCAAUUGAAAUAAAUUCAAGUGUGCAAGGAGUGGCAAAAAUGAGAAUCUUUCAAUGCUGGCUUAAACACUGAAAUUAAUGUUACAUUAAUUUAACUUUUAUUGCCAAAUGGAAGAGUAUUGGUUACAUAAUCCUAACAAGCACAAUCCUCUUAAAUCCUUGCAGUGUUGAAUAUUAAUCUAAAAUAAAUUGGUUGUAUGCAUGAUUUUAUAUAUUUUAGAUAAGCACACUUAUGAUAACAACAGCUCUGCAUUUGGCAUAAGAAUGUCAUCUGUGUGCCUUAUGUUUAUAACUUCUCCAUAUAUUCUCAUCGCCUUGAUGACGGAGGCAACAAGGACCUCGGAAACGUUGGUAAACGUCUGCCAGACAACGCGGCGCUAAAACCCAUAACAAUGCCUUCUCCGUAUGUUCAAAACGUAAAACAGUGAUGCAAGUACGAAUUUACUUGCAAAGAGAAGUAUAACUUCUUAAAUAGUUAUUAAAAUUAUUUUUUUUCGAUUCUUAAUUUAACCUUGCCACAUAAAAUACUAACGCUCUAUGCUGUCUGUUGGAUUUUCACGAAGGCUGUAUAACUUUCGGGUGACAGCCGCGUUGAAAGACGAAGGUAAAUAAUGUACCCAAGCCGCGAAAUCGUACGGACAGAAAUUCCCCAGAGCGUAAUUAUAUAUGACGUGACCAUGAUCACAGCACGGUGCCGGCUCCCGUAGCCACAUCCAUUAGUCCAACGCUUGUCGGUUAUCUGGUGGCCCUCCUGGGUAUUAUCAGUCUUUCUUGUAUUGUGGUAAUAUUGUUUUCAAGUGUAACACUGUAUUCUUUUUAACCAUAGAUUGUGGAAGUAGUGUGAAGGAGGAUGGAUAGCGUCAGCCUAUAAUGCUUGGGACUUCCUGCACUCGUUGCAAGUCUAAGAUCACAGUCGCGUACUAUACCCAAGGUUUCUCUUGUUUGUUACAACCGCGUUCCCGCCAAUCGAAACGCAUUCAGUGUGGCGUUACCCUUGCCUAGGGCUGUGUUGGAUUGAAAAUAAUACAAAAAAGUAUUCCUUGCUCAUCUUUCAUCCAGAUCAGCUUGUAUGAAGGUACAAUAGAAUUAGAAAUAGAAUAUAAAUAUUAUCUGUGACUUGUAGACUGUGCACUAUAGACGAAAGCAGUCAUUUCUAGUCGACGCGAUUGCCACAAAUCCACAGUUGUACAAUGUAUUCGUGAAUUACAGUGGGAGGAUCAGGAUAAUGUGAAUAAAUUAAUUUGGUUUUCUGUGUGUUGUUCGAAAUUGAAUAAAUUAAUUCUACUGUUUCUAAAUGUUUGAUAGUUUCAUUUCAAGUACGACAGACAUUCAAUGAGAAUACUGCUGUAACCUGACUUUUUUGUGAUAAUCUUAAUGCCAUUGAAUGUAUUAAUUAUAGCAUAGGAAUGAACAAAUUACUGUGUUUAUUCUCCUGGAUUCCCUUUUUUUUGCGUUUCCUAAGUUUGAUAGCAGACGGGCAUCGUUAUGCAAUGCAAUGAUGUUGAUAUAUACUCGGUAGAAAAUUAUGUGGAUGUUUUGAGUGAAGAACAUUUCACUGGCCUUUAAACUCAUAAGGUUUACAAACGAUCAGCAUUUUCCAUAAUGAAGGCUGAACCCAGGAAUUGCAUCGGUUUACAGGAAGUUGUAUCGGAUUCGUGUAGUGAAACUUGUCUAGUUUCUCCUCAUGAUGGAAGUCAGCUCAUCAAAGCAAAAGUUGAAGAUGUGACAGAUAUAAAAGAGGAAGAGGAUCCUGUGCAAAUAACAUCUCCAACAAUAAAGUCUGAAUGUGAGAAUGUUGAUAUAAUCAAAACAGAAGAUGAUGUGGAUGUUCUUGGUGAAGAUGAUUCCACUGGCAUGAUACCUGAUGAGUUUUACGUACCAUCAUCAUUUUCCACACUAAAGACUGAACCCAAGAAUGUUAAUAUAAUCUCAGUAGAAAAUGAUACGGAUGUCUUGAGUGAAGAACAUUCCACUGGCCUGCAAACUGAUAAGGUUUACAUACCAUCAGCAUUUUCCACAAUAAAGGCUGAACACAGGAAUUGCAUCGGUUUACAGGAAGUUGUAUCGGUUUCGUGUAGUGAAACUUGUCUAGUUUCUCCUCAUGAUGGAAGUCAGCUCAUCAAAGCAAAAGUUGAAGAUGUGACAGAUAUAAAAGAGGAAGAGGAUCCAGUGCAAAUAACAUUUCCAACAAUAAAGGCUGAAUGUGAGAGUUAUCUACAGAGACAUAGUGGAGAGCAUCCCUAAUCUUGUCAGAUGUAGGAUAUUGUGAUGUGGCGCCAAAUGGGCAGAUGGCAUGUCAUGGAGGGGUGUGGCCAUCACGGAAUGUUCUAGGACUAUGGAAUUGCAGGUUUUUAUGUUAGCAGUGACUAGGGUUCUGUUACUAGGAAGAAAAUUUGUUAAGGAAACUAACUGGUGAUCAUAAGAACUCUUCUACAGCAAUUAUUAAUUUUUGAAAAUAGAAUACUGUACUCUUCACUUUCCCUAUCAAAACAUGAAAUUUCAUUUACAAA